GUCACCUUCAGCUUUUGUGCCCAGUCAUAUGAUUUGCCUUCCUGCUUGGGGCCUUCGAAGCAUUUCGCUAUACCUCUGUCUAUAUUGGCCCAGGCUCUUUAGUCAAGCAGAAAGCUUAUAACACACCUUUCAUUAACGAUGACUUCCUUGUUCGCUCAAGAAAUUCGCCUUUCUAAAAGACAUGAAGAAAUAGUAUCACAAAGAUUAAUGUUACUUCAACAAAUGGAGAAUAAAUGUGGAGAUCAAAACACAGAAAAGGCAUCUCAGCUGCAAGCAGCUGAGAUUGCUUUUAAAAGGAAUCUUAGUCUUUUAAAGGAUAUAGAAGCAGCAGAAAAGUCUCUGCAGACUAGGAUUCACCCACUUCCACGGUCUGAAGUGGUUUCUCUUGAGACUCAUUACUGGGCAUCAGUAGAAGAAUAUAUUCCCAAAUGGGAACAGUUUCUUCUAGGAAGAAAACCAUAUCCUAUUUGUACUGAAAAUCAAAAUGAGGCAGAAAAUACCAUUCAAAAUGAGGCACAGCGAUAACUUCUUCACAUGCUACUUCAAAAAACCUGUUUAAUAAUACUGAAUAGUAAACUUAAUAGUAUGUAGGUAAUUGCAGGAACUUUAGGAAUUGAAUAUGUUCAUAUUGUUUCAUUAUCUCCUAAGUGACAAUGAAGAUAUGAGAAGCUACUGGGAAGUUUCAGGUUAUCACCUACUAAUACUUCAAGGUUAUGAGUUUGCUUUCUAUCAAACCCAUAGACAUGUUAAAAACAAAGUAUUAAAAAGUGAAUUGUUUUAAAUAAAUUGAAUCAGUAUUG